AUGCUGGAGAUUACCUGUUCAGGCACUCCAUAUGAGAUUGGCCUUCAGCAUGGCCGCCAGGCGGUCUCUCUGGUCCAUGGCAGCAUUGACUUCUACCGCGAGUACUUUGAGCGCAAAAGCAAGUUGAGCUGGGACGCCUCUACUGCAGCAGCUAUGCACUUCCAGAAAGUGCUAGACAUCCAUGUACCGCACCUCGUCGAGGAAAUGCGCGGCAUAGCUGACGGUGCAGGUGUGCCCUACACUUCGAUCCUAGCCAUCAAUGCCCGGUCGGAGAUAGCUAUGGGCCUGAUGGACGACGGCUGCACGUCGGUAGCCUGGACGACCGACGAUUUCAGCGUUGCCGGCCAGAACUGGGACUGGGAGGACCCGCAAAGGGCGCGACUGGUUUUGAUGCACAUCCGUCCUGCAGCAGACCCCAUUCAUCCGCGCGUGAACUUGGAUCAGGUCACCGAAGCCGGCAUUGUCGGCAAGAUUGGACUCAACGCUCACGGCGUGGCCGUCUUUCUUAACGCACUUCGCGCACCAGGCGUGAACUACGACGCACUGCCAGCCCAUGUGGCUUUGCGGGUGGCCUUGGAAGCACCAUCGCGCGCCCAGGCACUGGCGCAGCUCCGCGCGGUAGCCCCAGCGGCAGGAACAUCCGUGCACAUCAUGGUAGCCGACGCGACGGGCGCCAUGUCCAUAGAGUGCACAGCAGUGGACAUGGUCACGCUGAGCGAUGUAAAUGGGAAACUGGCUCACACAAACCACUUCUUGGCCAAGCACGCGCCCGACGCCCCGACCGGAGCCUCCUAUGCUAUUUUCCCUGACACGUAUGCGCGUCAAGAGCGCAUUACGCAGCUACUCGACGGUGACAGUCGCAGUCACCAUGAGGCCAUUAACGACAGCAGCAGUGCCCUUUCUCUAGUACAGAAAUGGCUGGCCGACACCGACGGGUUUCCCGUCUCAAUUAACCGUCAGAGUAGUCCGCCGGGCAACGGUAGCACAACAUUAUUCAGUAUUGCCGUCGACCUACAUGCCCGCCGAGCCAUCGUUAUUGACGGGCGGCCGACAAAUGGCGGGAAAACGUAUUAUUUGGACUUAAGUGCUCAUAGUAGUACGUAA